GCCAAGAAGAGUCAGACUGGUAACAGCCAAAACUGCAAAAUAAGCCCUUUUUGGUAGGCUCCAUCCAACACACCAAACUUGUGGGCCCUGGCCAGCAAGGGAUGAAUGCCCUGCCUCCUUCCACCAGGCUGCUUAGAGCAAAACAGCAGAAGAAACAUCAGUAACUAAAGCUGCUGCUUCAAAUCAAGACGGGAAGUGAGCACCACAGGAGACACCAUGCGUGAGUGCAUCUCUGUUCAUGUUGGUCAAGCUGGAGUUCAAAUUGGCAACGCAUGUUGGGAACUCUUCUGUCUGGAACAUGGCAUUCAGCCAGACGGCACCUUCAGGGACCAGCCCAGCGACGACGACUCUUUUGCCACAUUUUUCAGAGAGACAAGCACUAGAAAAUACGUGCCACGGGCUAUUAUGGUGGACCUGGAACAAACUGUAGUAGAUGAAGUACGGACUGGCACCUACCGGCAGCUUUUCCAUCCAGAACAGCUGAUCACUGGAAAGGAAGAUGCAGCAAAUAACUAUGCCCGUGGCCACUACUCCAUUGGAAAAGACAAAAUUGACAUGGCAUUAGAUCGUAUACGCAAACUGGCCGAUGCCUGCUCAGGGCUACAGGGAUUUCUGAUUUUCCACAGCUUUGGUGGGGGGACUGGUUCUGGCUUUACCUCCUUACUGAUGGAACGCCUCUCCCUGGACUAUGGAAAGAAGUCCAAAUUAGAGUUUGCCAUCUACCCCGCUCCCCAGGUCUCCACUGCUGUCGUGGAGCCCUACAAUUCCAUCCUGACCACGCACACCACCCUGGAGCACUCGGACUGUGCCUUCAUGGUCGAUAAUGAAGCAAUCUAUGACAUUUGCCGCCAAAACUUGGACAUUGAGCGCCCAACUUACACUAACCUCAAUCGCCUCAUCAGCCAGAUUGUCUCCUCCAUCACCGCCUCACUGCGCUUUGACGGUGCCCUCAACGUGGACCUGACUGAGUUCCAGACAAACCUGGUGCCCUACCCACGCAUCCACUUCCCCUUAGUGACCUACGCCCCCAUCAUCUCAUCUGAGAGAGCGUAUCACGAGCAGCUCUCGGUGGCAGAAAUCACCAGCUCCUGCUUCGAGCCCAACAACCAGAUGGUGAAGUGUGACCCACGACAUGGCAAGUACAUGGCUUGCUGCAUGCUGUAUCGUGGUGACGUAGUCCCCAAAGACGUCAACGUAGCAAUUGCUGCCAUCAAGACCAAGAGAACGAUCCAGUUUGUGGACUGGUGUCCAACAGGCUUCAAGGUUGGGAUUAACUACCAGCCUCCCACAAUUACCCCAGGAGGAGAUUUGGCCCAGGUUCAGCGAGCAGUCUGCAUGCUGAGCAACACCACAGCCAUUGCAGAGGCCUGGGCAAGGCUCGACCACAAGUUUGACCUGAUGUAUGCCAAGAGAGCCUUUGUGCACUGGUAUGUGGGGGAAGGCAUGGAGGAAGGAGAAUUUGCAGAGGCCCGGGAAGACUUAUCUGCCCUGGAGAAGGACUAUGAGGAAGUGGGAACUGACUCAUUUGAAGAUGAAAUUGAUGGGGGGGAAUCUUAAAAUUCUCUUUGCCCUCUUCUGUGCAUAAGAUUGCCUCUACGUCUCUUUAUUUCAUGUGGCUGAAUUUUUGCUUGUUUCACACAUAUAUAGAGUAUGUUAGUAGAGUGCAACCAUUACGAGUUUCAAAAAUACAGUCUCCACUAUGAGAUCACAAGAUCUUAUAGUGAUCAUGAUCAUAUAUCAGCACGGGAUAUAUGAGCAGCUAAUCACUGGCCACUGUUUCUCAGAGGGCAACAGGCUUCAUUUCUUUGCAAAUGUAUCCUGUGAACAAGCUACUGAGCUAAGGGUCCACCUGUCUUAUAUACUGUCACUUAUUCAAUACAAAGAUACAGUCAUAUAGCUACAAUCUCAUGAUUUGAGAAAAACUCUAUUGCUUCAAGAUGUCGGACACAAUUAUUACAAACACUAAAUGAAGAGACAUUGCAUGCAGUGCCCAGUCUUUAUUUCACACUAAUUCAGAACAUGUUAGUAAAGCUUUAAGAUUCAGUAAGAACUCUCAGCUUUAAGCAUAUCUGCUCCUUAAACAUUUCUGGAAGACACCCUAU